AUGUUUACCUCUUCAUCUAUUCUUCCACUUCGGCCGUCUCCCCGACUGUCAAAAUCAUUCUUAUUUACCUAUCUAAACUUGGUUCGAUAUGCAUCCUUAAACUCGGCUAUUGGCCGUGGCAUCCGCAAGACUCGUGCCAGCGAUUCUUCAAUUCGAGGGAACCUUAGUGAUGGCCAGCAGUAUGACCAGAAGGAAGACUUCAGACACUCCAAGUCUGAGCGCCGAAGAGGGAAUAAGCAGUGGUCUAUGAGUGACUUCGACGAGGAUGAGUUCAUCAGGACAGGCAACUUCAGAGCCUUGCCUCGGGAGCACCAGAGAUUCCAGCGCACUCCAAGGGCACGCAAUGAUCGGGACAUCCAUAACGAAGCUCAAAGAAAACCUCACGUAAACCAAGCUAAAAAGACCCCAUCCCGCCAUCAGUCCUCAGAAAAAGUUCCAGAACGCGUGAAGGAAAACGUGAAAGUCCCGGAUUCGAUUCCUUACACCUCUCCCGCAUCAGAAUUCAUUUACGGGACAAGUGCGGUUGAGGCUGCACUGCGCUGCAGCCGACGCAAAUUGUACACACUUUAUCUAUACCAGGCAGCUGGCGACGAGCUGAGCUCUGCCAAAGUUGCACUACGCAAGAUUGCACUCAUGAAAAACCUUAAAGUGAAACUGGCUUUUGGAGGCUGGGAUAGAUUGCUUGAUAAGAUGAGCGCUGGUCGUCCUCACAACGGCUGUGUCCUUGAAGCGUCCCAUUUACCCCGACUGCCAGUAAAAAGUUUUAAGCAGGUCUCGUCCCUUGAAGAAGACCAGUUUGCUGUGGAGUUAGGGGCUCAAUCACGAGAAGAAGCAAUGGUGAAUGGCAUGAAUGACCACAUCGCAAUCCACCACUCACAGGGACGCAGACGCUUCCCGGUCGUUUUGUUACUGGAUGGAGUUGUUGACCCAGGAAAUCUCGGAGCCAUUAUCCGUUCGGCUUAUUAUCUUGGGAUAGACGCCAUUCUCUUUGCCGGCAAAAACUCCGCACCAUUAUCUCCCGUGACAAUCAAGGCUUCCGCUGGUGCUGCAGAGAAUAUGACGCUUUUAGAAGUCAGCAACGAGGUGGAUUUCAUUCAGCGAUCUAAGGCUAACGGGUGGCGAUUUUAUGCUGCAGAUGCCCCUGGUCCCAGUUCAACAUACGUGGACUUUUCGUCUGACAAUGGAGAUGAGAUGACGACUACUGGCCUUGCUAUCACUCAAGCACCUAGCGUCAUUAUGAUGGGCAGCGAGGGCGCGGGGUUGAGCAAGCACAUCAAAUCCCAUGCCGACUCUGUUGUGAGCAUCCCAGGAUCCCGAUUCAGUACGGACCUGGGUGUCGAAUCCGAUCCGGCCAGGGUUGACAGUCUCAAUGUGAGCGUUGCAGCUGCACUACUGAUGGAGAUGUUCCUUCGAGUCCCGCUCGCGGUGGCUGAGGUGCCGCAGAAGGGAAAAUCUCAUUGA